AUGAAUACAAUCAGAUCAUCAUUUCAAAAGUUAUUUCCUCGACUUGGUAAAGUAGGUCAGAGAACUUAUGAAGGAUAUAUCAAUGCUUUACAUAAUAGACCUGUUUUGACAAAGGCAAUAACAACAGGUACUUUAUAUUUUGUAUCUGAUACAAUGUCACAGUAUAUAGAGAAUAGAGGAAAGACCGACUGGCUAUUCGAUUACAAGCGAGCGAUGAGAAUACAAAGAGUUUUAUUUAUGAAUCUAAUAAAUCUUGGUUGGGCUGCUUUCCUAAGCUCUCAAUCUCAGUCUGCCCAUUAA